GGCGGUAAACGGGAGGAAUGGCGGCGGCGGCGGAAGGACGAGGAAGUAGAAGCAGGCGCGGAGGCGGCAGAGGACCGCAUCUCGGAGCUGCCGGAGGCGCUGCGGCUGCACGUCCUCUGCCUGCUCCCGCUCAAAUCCGCCAUCCGCACGGGCGCGCUCUCCACCCGGUGGCGCUCCCUCUGGACGCACCGCUGGCCGGCGCCCUCCUCCCUCGACUUCCGCCUCGGCAUCGGCGACUCCCCGCACCCGCUCCUCGAAACCCUAGAGCGGCGCGGGUGGCGGCGCCUCCAGCGGUUCGCCCUCUCCUUCGGCAUCGGCGCGUUCAAGGCCGAGCACUUCCGCCGCUGCCUCGACCUCGCCAUCGCCUGCGCCGUCGAGGACCUGCACGUCCACCGCGUGCACCACUUCUUCGCCCGCUUCUACAAGUUCCGGCUCCCGCUGGGUGACCCCCACCUCGCCCGCCUCUCGUUCCGCUACAUCAGCGUCGACCUCCCCGACUCCUUCUCCGCCCGCUCCCACCGGUUCACCGCUCUCGAGGUCAUCCACCUCCGCUGCGUCCACAUCUCCGACGACACAGUCAGCAGCCUGGUCGCCGCGUGCCCCCUCCUCCACACCCUCGAUUUGCGCUACUGCGAAGGCCUCGACUCCGUCAGCGUCGCGGCGGCCGGGGCGCACCUGAGUAGCCUCACCGUUGCAGAGUGCGAUCCGUGCACCGACGUUGUUUUGGCCGAUGAGGCAUCCGGUCUGCGCUCAUUCCGCUACAGCGGUGCCUACAUGCCCGCCUACAGCAUCCCGGCCACCAUCACUAGUCUUGCUGACCUUUACAUCUGCUUCGGAGCAUCUAACCGCCGGCGACGCUUGUCAGGCACCAGAAUCCGGUUUUAUGGACAGGAGGCUCACGCUUGCGAGCUGCGCAGAAACUGGCUUCAACUACUAACCAGUCUGUCCAACCUCACCGUGCUUACCCUCUGCAGCAGUAUCCUACGGAGACUGUCUGCCAAAGCUCGUGCCAGAUUAGCUGCCACAGGCGCUGCACCAUGCAAAUUGCUGAAUUUGAGAGAGCUUCAGCUACUGAUGUUCGAAGUGGAGAUCAACAACAUGAACGACAUUUACUCUUUCCUUGUGGCAUGCUGUGGCCCUCGUUUGGAGAGGCUAUUUGUGCAGCUUCCGACAAUCAAUUAUCCAUAUGAGCCAGAGGAUGAACCAUCAGGAUCAGAGUCAGAGGAAUUUGGAUCAAUGGGAGAGCUAUCAUACCAAGAGGCACAUGGGGAAGGUGAGCUGGAUGACGACUUGUCAGAAGGAGAAGCAACAGAGAAAGAUGGGCUAGAGGAACAGCUGUCAGAGGGAGAUGCCCUGGAGGAAGAUGAGAUAGAGGAAGAGUUGUCAGAGGGAGAAGAACUAGAGGAAGAGCUUUCAGAGGGAAAUGAACUAGUGGAAGAGUUGUCAGGGGGAGAGCCACCUGAGGAAAAGCAAUCACAGAAACAGGGGUCAAUGGAAGAGCAAUCUGAUGGAGGGCAAUCAGAGGAAGAGACACUAGAGCACGGCGAUGUCUUUGAGAACCUUAUGUUGCUCAAAAUGAUGAAUUUCAUGGGACGCGACAAUGAGAUGCAGCUAGUAAGCCUUGUGUUGAAGAAGGCUACUAGUCUCAAGCAACUGAUACUAUUUACUCCCAAGAUUAAUCACCCAGAAGAGCUCCACAAGGAUCAUAUGAAUACUUCCCAUUUGCUUGAAAGAAAACUAUUUUCUCUCAGAAGGGCCUCGCCAAAUGCUCAGAUAGUUCUCAGCGAGCCUGAUGAUAGUGCAGUCCAGCCGUUGCAUGAGGCUUUAGUCAAGAUUUACUGAUUUUUGUUGUUGUGGAGUUAUGAUCGGAUAAUGUGAAAUAUCAGAAACUAGCAACCAUUAGAACAUAAACAUGUACAGUUAUAUGGAGUUUCAACAGGCAUCAAUCCUGGAAACUGUACCCUAAUGGUGUUAGCUGAGGCCAAAUUAUGUACUACCUAGAAUCAGAGGAAAAUGGGUCAAUGCAAGAGUUAUCAUAGGAAGAGGUACCGGAGGAAGAUGAGCUGGGUGAAGACUUGUCAGAAGGAGCAGAACUGGAGAAAGAUACGCUAGAGGAAGAGCGCAGAUGCUCUGGAGGAAGAUGAGCUAGAGGAAGAGCUGACAGAGGGAGAUGAACUAGAGGGAGCUGUCAGAGGGAAAUGAACUAGAGGAGUUGUCAGGGGGGGAGCCUCCUGAGGAAAAGCAAUUACAGAAACAGGGGUUAGAGGAACAGGGGUCAAUGGAAGAGCUAUUUGAUAGAGGGCAAUCAGAGGGAGAGACACUAGAGGAUCACGAUGGCUUUGAGAACUUUAUGUUGCUCAAUAUGAUGAAUUUCAUGGGGCGCGACAAUGAGAUGCAGCUGUAAGCCUUGUGGUGAAAAGGUCUACUAGUCUCAAGCAACUGACACUAUUUACUCUCAAGAUUAAUCACCUAGAAGAGCUCCAGAAGGAACAUACGAAUACUUGCCAUUUUCUUGAAAGAAAACACUAUGGUCUCUCAGAAAGGCCUCACCAAAUGCUCACAUAGUUCUCGGCGAGCCUGAUGAUAGUGCAAUCCAGCCGUUGCAAGAGGCUUUCGUCAAGAUUUACUGAUUUUUUGUUGUCGUGGAGUUAUGAUCGGAUAAUGUGAAAUAUCAGAAACUGGCAAUCAUUAGGUAAGACAAAGAACAAGCUAAUCUGCAAGGUAGGCGGGAUGCUAUGUUCUGCAGUCCAUGAAGGAUCAUGGAGUAUGUCGUCUGUGCCUUCUAUUUUGCGGGUUAACUCUUUAAGACUCUUAUAAAAAAUAUCAUGAUUACCCAGUGUCUACACUAGCCUGUUGCCUUGUUGGUGGACAAGAAAGUCUUACAAAAACAAUUUAGAAGGCUGAGACUUAUUGUGCUC